AUGACCACACCGAUCAAUACGUUCCAGGACAUCAUAGACGCCCUGGAACGGGACCCAGCCCUUAAACUCCAGAUAAGGCAGCACAUCCUCGCAGAAGAACUGCUGCAGCUACCGGCCGUUAUCGGCCAGCCCGAAGAAGGCGACCCGCCGCUGAUCCAUCAGCUGAAGCAGCUCGACGGCAAGGCAGGAGAACUAGACGGGAAGGUGGAAAGAAUUGACAGCCGCCUGGGCAACGUCGCCGGCGCCCAGUACGAGGAAAGAGCAGCCCACCGGGCAGCGGGCAGGGUCCGGACCCUGGGAAUAGAAAGGGCCCGGAUCGUGCUCUCCCCGGGGGAGUCGCAGCCAUCCUUCCACGACGCCAUGGCCGAAGCCGUGGAACAUGGGCUGAUCAGCCAGGAGGAGCUGGACGACCUGACGGCAACCGACAUCAUCCUCCGAGGAGGAAACCGCAGGCACGUCGUAAUCGAAGCCUCCCUGGGCCCCGGCCAGGACGACCUGGAACGCGCACAGCGCCGGGCCAGGGUUCUCGCCCGGGCCACCGGCGAAGCCACCACGCCGGCAGUGGCAGCUCCAGAGCUCCCGGCCGGACUGCGGCAGCAGGCGGAGAGCCUGGGAGUGGCAGUACUGGAAAUUCCAGCCUGA